AUGGCAAACUCUCCAUGCGCCUCUGCCAGGGCGCUGGGAAUACUUGGCCGCAGGCAGAGGGAGGGCAGAUCUGACGCAGGGAACACCUGCUGCAACGGCGCCGUUAUGCGCGCUUUUUCAACAAUCGCAUGGGAUGAUUUAGAGGACUGCGCCUCUGUCGUGAGACGGCAGAGCGAUUCCCUCGGCUCUCAGGUGAAUGAAUCUGAUGCAGAUGACUUUGGAGAUUAUGCGCUGGAUUUUAUGGCAGAGUCUCCCAGCACACUGGAGAGCAGUCUGUCUCCAGCUGAACUGGUACCAUUUCAGGGAUGUGUCAUACCUCCCCUCACCCCCCAGCAGGACUUCUCUCCAGAGGACAAUCUUAUUAACUCAUCCACAGAGACAGGCAACCCACCUGCCCAGGAUGGAGCUCUCUGGAGAGGCAUCGCCCACUGUCACGUCAGGGCACUGGAUCAUUCCAUGGAAGUUAACCAUCAGCUCCACAAGACUCUUCACAGACGACAGGAAGAGAUCGACUCCCUUCAGGAGAGGAACCUUCACCUCAGGCAGCUGGCCAGUCAAGCAAAGCACCUGGCCUCAGUGCUCGAAAAACUGAUGACAGUCAGAGACCCAAAGGCAAGAGAAGCAGUGCUUCCUUGUGGUGAUAAAACCUCACUGAGUCCCUGUAAGCGGCAGCGACUGGAUGAAGGAUAUGAAACAGAAUCCUCCGACUCAGUGGAGGAGAUGCUGAGGGACAUCAGCACACGCUGCAACGCUGUCCUGCACGGCACUGCUCCUGGAACAGGAGUCCGGCAGGAAUCAGAGACCAUACGCAUGUUUGGGACAUUCUCAGGCCUACAGACGAAUGUUUCUAAAGUCAGCAGCAUGAGGACUGAUGGAACAGAGGCUGAAGAAAGCAUCUCAUCUUUCAGAACUUCCAUCAGAGAACACUGCACCAUAAGGACUCAGGUGUUUCCACAUGGACGCGCCUUCACCUCCACGACUCAGGAAGGUGGAUACCGCUUUCGCUGGGUUCCCAACCACAGCUGAAACCAGAAAACCGGAUCCAUUAUGCUUCUAAUUAGUGAUUUGAAGGUCUAUUCGAGACUGGGGAGGGAAGUGUGGGUGGGCAAUGACUGUUAAUGCUUAACUAAUAAUCUGUAGUGAUAUCUGUAAAUGAUUAAAUUAUGUCUUCCUCAGGUAGCUUCUAAGAUAAUCAGUCAGAGGUGGUGCUUAACAAAGGAAAUAAUACUGCCAGAGCUGUUGUUUACAUUGUGUUUGUUUACAUGCCUCAAUGUCAUGUUUAGUUUUGCACCUCACAACAUGUUUUUAUCUUGGAAAAUACAAUUGAUUUCACACAUCUGAAUAAAAGUUACG